UUCGGAGUUGGGGGUGGCACAGCUGGCGUUGCUGCUGCUGAUGUCCGCCCUUCGCCUGUGACAACCACGGAACUUGCACACCCCCCUCCCCCCCCCCUCAUUCCACUUUCCCCUUCCCUUGCAGUGACCCCCUCCCCCCAAAAAGGGCGAAUCGCGGGAAUCGACGUCAAUCAGGGUCACAGGGCCACCAAGCCAAUCUAUUGUCCCCCCCCCCACCACCUGCUUUCCCAAAACUCGUUCCUUUUGCGUCCUUCCCCCUCUCCCUCUUGGGUCUACAAAACAUAACGUCAACGCCCGGGUCCCUGCUUGUAAGAGAGACAAUCUCAUUAACUUGAUCUUUUUUUUCUUUGAUAGAACAAGCCCACCCAACCCGAAAGAAACGAAGAAAAAAAAGUCACCAAGCUGUCGGCAAACCUACUAGCGCAGACACCUUACACACCUUACACCCCAACAAACACCACUCAACCUAAACAACUCUGUAUCACCAUGAGUCUAGCACAGGCAGCACCCAUCAGCGCUGGCCAGACGGCUAUGAACCCCUCCAUUGCCGUCCACGUCGGCGCCGACAGACUAGGCGGCGAUGCGACGUCCCGCUCUUCGAGUCAUCGCACUUCAGAUACGGACGGCAGUAAGAAAGAUGUGAAGAACAAAAUGCGCGGGCUGUUCGGGCUGGGGAAAAAGAAGGAAGAGCCCAACGUCUCCAACAAGUCGGCACCCAAUAAUGUGACCAGCAACCCCUACUUGUCACGAGACCCCUCGCAAACGUCGGCUCGAUCUGCGGCAUCACCCUACGUUGGCGACCACUCUGCGUCGCCAGGUCGCGGAAUGUCCGCCUCCCCGCGAAUGAUCUCGCCGGCAAGCUCUCAGAUCUUUGAACGAGAUGUCGACAACAUGUCAAUCAAGCCUCAGUCGCCUGCCAUCCCGUCGCACAUCCAAACCGAAAACCACAUUCCGCCCGUCCUAGAUGCGUCAUCCGAGGCCAUCACCGAUAGCCACCUCGACCCGGACUCCGUCGAGAUCAUCACCCAUGCUCAGCACCAACCCGCCGCAGCUGCCGUGACUGGCUCAAGUGGAACGCCCCAUGCCGCCGAUUCCAUGUCGGCAUCCUGGACAGACGAGCUCCGCGCAUUUGCCGACCGCGACGACGCAUCCAAUUUCAAUUCGCUCGAUAACGCCGACGUCCGAAGACUGAGUUUCAUCUCCUUCGCCGAUGUCGUGCAAGCUGAGCACGGCGGCCUCGCCGGCGUAGGAGGCUCACGGGACUCGGCGCACGUUGCUGGUCUGACAUCUCUCUCGUCCAUCAAUGCUCGCUCGCCCUCGCCCAUCCGGUCGCCCGUGUCAUCGCAAGGCCUGGGCACCUCGCCGCCGACGAGCAACCCAGCAUCCGUCAAGGGAUUUGAAAUGUCCCCUGGCCGGAAAUCUCUGGGCAGCCCCAUUUCGUCCCAUCACAAUCUCAACGUGAGCGGCGAUCUUAACAUUGAGACGAUGACGCAGGCGCUGAGGCGCACGGGAAGCUCGGAUCUCAGCGGCGUGCGCAGCUUCCCCACAAGCCCGGUUGAGGGACCCUCGCGUUGAUAACUUGCAGACGAACAAGAAAACGAAGGAAAACCAAAGAAAAGAAAAUAAGUAUACAGGU